GAAAUAAAUAAAUAAGUUUGGAAAACUCAAUGUCGUGCAAUGCGUUCUUAACUAAUUGAGCCAUUUCCUAACGACUUUAUUUGAAUUAUUUAAAACGAAAAAUCAAUAUAUCGACCCACCGCCACUGUAAGUUGUUCGAUAAACACAACCUAUCGAAAACCAGUCUGGCAACAAAAAUAUUUUAAGAGAAAACAACGCGCGGUUUGCGUGAGCAAUUAAAAAUUGUAAAAAUACAUAUAAAAUGAACUUACACGAUGGAGACUUUAAGACGUUACGAUCUAAGCUGGAUGUUAUGGGUUUUACGCAGACAAUGCCCGUUCUCGCAAUGCCGCUGGUAGGCGCUAUCUUUGGCGACCUAAUCAAAACAACCGAAUGCCUGCGCGACACCAAACGACAAGUUGCCGAACUCCUCGAAGAGAAAACCUGUUGGGAACUGGGAGCUGAGCCGUAUAAAUGUGACAAUUCACGUUUAAUGGCCGAAUGCAAUGAGCUGCACUUACAAAAUCUAAAGGAACGCGAGGAUUACGAGUUGCGUCUUUGUGACUGUGAGCGUCGCAUACGUAGUCUGCAGACAGAUCGGGAACACUUGCAGAGUCAUAAUGCUCAGCUUCAGAGUCAAUUGGAUGCGUUUCUCUCCAAACAAAUCCUCACAGCAACAACUGCCAAGCGAACGCAUUCCGGAUCCUUUCAAACCAAGAAGCCAUUCAUAUCUACAGUGCGCUCUGGCGAAGUUUUGCCAGCUGUCCUUGGCAAUGUGCCGCUUGCUGGCUUGAAGUGCACCAAAUGCAGUGCUGGACUUAAUGAAAAAAUGUCUAAAGAUGGCCUGACUACACAGACUACUCAAACGAAUGCCACAGAUGUAGUCGAUAGGCUACAAAAUGAACUGAGAAGCUCGAGUGAUCAGCUGGAGUUUUACAAGCGCAAAGUCGAGUCACGGAAUCGUGAAAUUCGCCGAUUAAACGACAUGCUUGCUGGUGGAAGACCACCGGCAGCUUUGGCCAAGGAUUGUUGCUACAAGGAUGUGGGUGUGCUGUCGCAGGACAUUGAUCUGCUACAGCGUGAGAAGAGCGAACUUAUGGCGCAGGUGCGCGAGUAUCAGGACAAGAUGCACGACGCCAUGCAACGUGCAUUGCGCAUCGAGGAGGAAAAACGAAAGAUGCAGACGCAUCUCGAUGAACUUAAGGAGGCCGCUUUGCAGGUAGAGGAACAGGCUAACUCUGAGCUAGAUGCACGCGAGCAUGAGCUGCGUCAGCUGCAAGUUGAACUGAAGCAAUUGCAGCUGCACAGCGAACAGAGAGGCAAGAAACAGGGCUUUGAUGGCGCCAAUGCAACGCACAAUGAUAAGCGCAAGUUGAACGAGAAAUUGAAUCUGCUCAUGCGACGAGAGGAAGAGCUGGAGGCGAUUAACGCGAAGCUUAAGCAGCGACUGCACCAAAUGCAAGACAAGCUGCAAGGGCUGGAGAAGCAGCUGCAUGAGCAGCACAACACUGCCACUCUUGACGAGGAGAAGAUCCGCAUCAAGUCUGAGCGGGAUUUCUUUCAGAAGGAGUAUUUGCGUCUCAUCAACAAAUGCGGUUCAGAUACGGAAAUCUCUUUUCUACAAGCACAAAUCAAAUCAAAGGACGAAGAGCUACGCGCUUUGCGAUCUGAGCUUUGAAGGGGAAAUCAUUGCGAAGGCUCGCGUCCUGCUACAGCCAGCAGCUCCAAUGACAGCAGCAAUCGCAGUGAGUGCGUCCAGGCGGCAAUUGCUCGCGUGGAGCGAGAACGCGACUGUGCCCGCUCUGAGCUGGAGCGCAUGCGUUGCGAACGUGACAAUCUGCGCGAGAAGCAAUUGGGCAGCGUUCAACUACAUGCCGAAGAAGUGCAAUCGCUUCGCAUGCGCAACGAAGAGCUGCAGAGUCACAUACGUCGGCUGGAGAUGGACAAUAGAGAGCUGAACUCGGCACGGGUGCCGGCGGAGACGCACAAUGCGUUCCUCAAGGAGGAUGUGGCUCAGCUCAAGCAGCGUAUGACAUCGCUGCAGGCCGAAAUCGACAAGCAGCGCAAGGAGAACGCACAAAUUUCCUUGCUCAACGAGCAGAAUGAACGCAUUAUAGCGGACUAUCAGAGCAAGCUCCUCAUUGCGGAGCGUCAGAGACAGAAGGCUGAUGUGUUGGUCAGCACACUGGACACGAGUCGUGAGACGAAUCGCAAUGAUAAUGCUCAGCUGCGCAGUGAAAUUGCUUCGUUGCGUCAAACAUACGUUGCGCUGGAGCUUGAGAAGGAUACGUUGCUGAAUCAAUUGGAUAACAAAACGGAGCGUCUCCUUAAAAUGGAAUAUGAAUUCAAAGACUGUAAGCAAAGACGAAAUGCAUUAGAGCAAACCGUAAAAGAGUUGGAGUCGCAAGUUGACAAAUUGACCACAAGAACUCGUCAACGCGACUCGGAAUUGACAGAGACGUCGGCGGAAAGUAAAACUCUCAGGCAACAGAUUGUCGCCCUCAAAGCGAGUCGCGAUGAGGCAAUUGCGGAAAAUGGUCGACUUGCGGAUAAACUAAGCGAUGCCCAGGUGGAAGCCAAGAGUCUGCAUAAGAAGCUCAAGGACUGCGAGCAGCAGGUGGCAACAAUGAAGCAGCAGUUGCACAAAUACGUUGCUGAAGUGAAAAAGGCUGAAGACUUGCUGAUGACAAAGGAAAAGGAGCGCGAAGAAUUGCUGGAUCACUAUCACAGUCUGACGCACGAUCAAGUUCUACUGGAGGGCAACAAUCAGAGUCUAGAGUUCGAAGCCACUGAAUUUAGACGACAGAUUUGUGAACUGGAGUGCGAAGUGCGCACCCUGAAGGAUCAGCUGCAUUGUCGACAGUGCAGCAUCGAAGACUUGGAGAUGCAACUGACUGCUGCACGUGCCUCACAACGUUGCCUGGAGCGAGAGCUGGAGAAUGCACGCGAGCAGAAGAUUGAGCUCGAUGUGCACAAAGAGCUCUGCGAGAAAUUGGAUGUGGAAAAAGAGAAACUCAAUGCCGAGUUAAAUGAACUGAACGAUAUACAUAAAAAGCUGAAAAAGGAAUGCGAAAAACUGCGCAGCGAAUUGCAUCAAAAGUCUCUGAUAAAUCAGGUGACGACAGAUACGACGGGUCAAAUGUUGGAUCGACUACGUGAUGAACAGCUGCGACAAGAUGAUGCCGAAGUAAGGACAAAGAAUGAAAUGGAAAGACUGCAACAGCUGCACGAGACAACGCUGCGAGAACUGCAGCAGGAGCGUGCGCGUUGCAAUCAACAGGAGCGUCUGGCCACAGAGUUCGAGAAGCAGGCGCGAGAAUUGCGUCAGAAUCUCACCGAGGAUCGCUUUUGUCUGGCGCGAUCCAGAGAGAACAGUCCCAAGAUACCGCCUAAAACGCUGUGA